AUGGAUGGCAAGGUCAUCCAGGCCGGAAAGUUCGACAACAAAUCCACCAACGAGGAACGAGAUGCACUUCUGCGCACUCUUUUGGAUACUGCAGAGGCCGCGGAGAAUAUCGGCGAUCACGACGAAAUGGAUGACGAUGAAAUGAACGAAAUCAUGGCCCGCUCUGAAGAGGAAAUCCCUAUUUUCCAGGAGGUCGACCGACAGCGAAUUGCCUCCGAUACCUACGGCCCUGGUCACCGCUACCCCCGACUCAUGUGUGAACAAGAGUUGCCCGAGAUUUACAUGCAGGAAGACAACCCUGUUACAGAGGAAAUUGAGGUUGAGGUUACUGGCCGUGGUGCCCGUGAGCGCAAGAUCACCAAGUACGAUGAUGGCCUUACCGAGGAGCAGUGGUUGAUGGCAGUGGAUGCCGACGAUGACACCAUCGAAGACGCCAUUGCACGCAAGGAGGCUCGUGUUGAGCGUCGCAAGUCUAAUAAACUUGGCCAGGGCGAAGAUUCCUCACCCGAGCCAUCCAUUAUUGACGACGACGAAACCCCUCAAAAACAAAAACGCCGCCGUGGUCCUCCUCCCAAGCGCAAGGCCGAAGAGAUUGUGGAGGAAACUCCGCAACCCAAGCGUAAGCGAGGUCGCCAGCCUAAGGUUCCAGACACUCUUAACCCCACUGAUCGUGCCAACUUGAACCGCAUCCUUGAGACCGUCAUUCAAUCAUUGAUUGACAUGGAGGCUGAAGUGCAGCCCGAAGGCUCCGAUAGUGAGGAGGGUCCCAUGAUCCGUGCGAUCAUCGAUCCCUUCAUGAAGCCUCCGCCACGCAACUACUACCCUGAUUAUUACAUGAUCAUUCAAAACCCCAUCGCCAUAGACAACAUUCAAAAGAAGAUCAAGCGUAACGACUAUCAGAAUCUGAAGUCGUUCCGCAAUGAUAUUCACCUCCUUUGUCAGAAUGCCCGCACAUACAAUGAAGAUGGCAGUAUCCUCUUCCAGGAUGCCAACGACAUCGAGAACAAGGCGUUGUCGGAGCUGAGAAGACUGACUGAAGCUCACCCUGAGCUCGGUGGCUUUGAAGACCAGCCCGCAGAUAACUCAGCCGGGUUCGCCUCGGGUGCUGAGACUCCUCUAGGGGGCGGCACCCCAGGCCAGCCCAAGCUGAAGCUCACCUUCAACAACCCCAACCGAGACAGCCCGAGCAAUGGGGCUGAAUUCGGCUUUGACCAAUGA